AUGGGUCAUGAAGCCAGUGUAAAUUCUGUUGCAUUUGCUCCUCAUCAACUCGGGCUCAUUCUCGCAAGUGCAUCUGCUGACUGCUCAAUAGGAAUACUUGAAUUCAACGCGACAAACGCUCAGUGGGUGGAGUCCAGAAUCCUAAAAGCUCAUGAACAGGGUGUAAACGCAGUUUCAUGGUGUCCUGUUCAAAGAACGAUUGGUGAUGGUGGUGAUCAGCCUCUUAGAAAAAGGAUCGCUUCAUGUGGAAAUGACAAACUCGUCAAAAUCUGGGUUGUUGAUGAGAAGGGAGAGUGGACAGUAGAAAAAAACUUGGCUGGUCAUUCCGACUAUGUGCGAGAUGUUGCUUGGUGUCCCGUUAUCAGUCAUUCGAUGUUUACAAUAGCGAGCUGUGGGAUGGACCAAAGUGUAAUAUUGUGGAGAUGCAAUGAAAAUAGUGAGUGGACUGCAAAGCUUCUAGAAAAGAUUACGUUGUGGAAGGAAAACAUUCAAGGACAGUGGCAAAAAAUAGACGAUAACAGUAAAGCUUGA